AGAGAGAGAGAGAGAGAGAGAGAGAGAGAGAGAGAGAGAGAGAGAGUGACUCUCAUUAGCAGAGUGACUCUCAUUAGCAGAGGCACAGAGGCCCAAUAAAAUAGAGCAUAGGGACACUCCAAUGCCAUGCCAACAGACCCACAAACAUUUUUGGGCCCUUGGUUUUUCACACACCACCAAGAAAUGCCAAGAGGAAAUUAUUUAUUUAUUUAUUUUUAUCACUUUCCCAUUCGAUCACUUCUAAGAUACCAAAAUCUUAAAUUUUCAGUACCCAAACUACCAUCUUUCAAAAACACAUUCGAGGCCAUCAUUGAUAUACUCAACUCCAUAACAAAGUUCCUCAUUUUGUCCCCUAAUCUGGUUUAACUUUUUCCUUUAAAAGAUCUUCCACACAAGCCAUUAUAAAAAUGUUUCAUUGCCCAUUUCUCUGUUCCAACCUUUUUCCAUUUACGUCAGAAAAAUAAUGGCUACCUUCUCAUAUCCAGUUUCAUGUCCUAUAAGCUGCUCUUCCAAUAGGGAUAAUCAUGAGCAAAUUAUCCAAAAGGUGAAUAACAUCAAGAUUAACGGGACUUAUACCAGGUCUAAUGCAAGGACUGAUUUGGUGAGCCAGAAUAUUGGAGUGGCAAGCAGUUUCACUUCAGUUGCUUCUGUUGCUGAAAAUGGUCAUGUUAGCAGUGAGCAAAUUCGACAAAAUAUUCCGACAAAGAAGCAGUUUGCUGAUCCUUUCCGACAAGGAAUUAUCAUCGAAGGAGGUGUUGGAUACAGACAGACAGUUGUUAUAAGGUCCUAUGAAGUUGGUGCGGAUAAGACUGCAACCUUGGAGAGCAUCCUUAAUCUUCUUCAGGAAACAGCAUUAAACCAUGUUUGGAUGUCGGGACUCCUCGGUGACGGAUUUGGAGCCACGCAUGGAAUGAUUAGGAACAAUCUCAUUUGGGUUGUGUCAAGAAUGCAAGUUCAAAUCCAUCUAUAUCCAAUCUGGGGAGAGGUAGUUGAGAUUGAUACAUGGGUUGGAGCAUCAGGGAAGAAUGGGAUGAGGCGAGAUUGGCUAAUCCGAGGUCAAGCCACUGGCCAUAUUUUCGCUCGUGGAACCAGCACCUGGGUGAUGAUGAACAGGCAAACGAGGCGCCUCUCAAAAAUGCCAGAAGAGGUGAGGGCUGAGAUUUCACCUUGGUUUAUAGAGAAGCAGGCAAUCAAAGAAGAAGUCCCUGAGAAAAUUGUCAAGUUGGAUGAUAAGGCAAAAUAUGUGAAUUCCAAUCUAAAGCCCAAGAGAAGUGAUUUGGACAUGAAUCAUCAUGUAAACAACGUAAAGUAUGUAAAAUGGAUGCUUGAGACUAUACCUGACCAUAUUUUGGAGUCUCAUCAACUGUCAGGUAUCAUCCUUGAAUAUAGACGAGAAUGUGGGAGUUCAGAUACAGUUCAAUCCCUUUGCCAACCAGAUGAAGAUGGAAUUCUCAAUAAUGGAGUAAGUCAAGAAAAUGAUAUUAGUCUUCUGAAUGGGUUUUCUUUGGCAAAAGAAAUUAUUGAAGGUGGAGGACUCUUGGGGUCAUUUGAGAAAGGGCCACUAAGAUAUACACAUCUACUACAAACUAAAGCAGAGCCAAAAAGUGAAGAAAUUGUUAGAGGAAGGACUACAUGGAAGAAAAAGCUUCCUACAGUACCAUUUUCUCCCUAACAAAAAUCAUAUUAAUUCAGAAUUGCUUGGUGUUUUUUUUAAUUAAGCUUUUCCUCCGUGAGUUUUCACUGGUACAUACUCAACCCAAAAUGAGACACCCCCCUGAAAUAAUCAGGGUAAAGAAGCAUGAUGUGGGGUUUGCUCUCUCUGUCUAAGGAUUCUUCGAUAUUCUGAAUCUGCUUCUUUCAAAGUUGGAUGAAGGUUUCAAAUAAGCUAAGGUGUCAAUUAACGUCAAUAUUGCUCAGUCCUCAAAAGGGUACCAGAAAGCAACAAAAAUCAUGUUGUAUUGUGUCAUAUGAGUGGUGAA